AUGACAUUGACUCUGCAUUCGAAAAUGAAGCUGCGGGACGGGAAAGAAAUACCCAUCAUGGGCUUCGGCACGUACGAAAUGGAUGGCAGGGAGGCCUACACUGCUGUGAAGCAUGCUUUAGAGGCCGGAUAUCGUCACAUCGACUCCGCGGAGUGGUACUACAACGAAGCUGAAUGUGGCCGGGCUAUCCGUGAUUUCUGCGCUGCCUCUGGCGUUCCUCGCUCUGAGGUCUUUUUCACUACGAAGUUGCAGAACAACUCCGGGUAUACAACCUCGAAAAGGACCAUUUCACGCUCCCUUCAAGAGUGCGGACUGGGAUACAUCGACUUGUACCUGAUGCACUCUGCCAUCGGCGGCCCGAAGAAGCGCGCGGAGAGUUGGAGGGCGAUUCUCGAAGCUAAGAAGGACGGGUUCGUCCGCAGCGUGGGUGUCAGCAACUUCGGCGUCAGACACUUGCAAGAGAUGGUGGAUGCAACCGUAGAACUCCCUGUGAUUAAUCAGGUCGACCUUCACCCUUUCAUGACCCGUACGGAUAUUGUGGCCAUGUGUAGGAAACACGACAUCGCAUUGGAGGCUUGGGCACCCCUCGUACGCGGAUAUCGCUUCAAGCAUCCGUCGAUUGUCCGCCUGGCACAGAAAUAUGAAAAGGAGCCUGCGCAAAUACUCUUGCGUUACUCUUUGCAGAAGGGAUACAUACCGUUACCUAAAUCUUCGUCCGCGCACCGGAUCAAGUCAAACCUGAAUGUCUAUGAUUUCGAGCUGACAUCGGAGGAAGUGGCUCACCUGGACAGCCUUGAUGAAAGGCUCGUGACGGACUGGGACCCAACGGACACGCCAUAG